UUCGCGAGGUCAACAGCUGAUUUUGUACCUUUGUUUUUCCACUUCGAGGGGGGGCUCGUGAGUGUUUUUCCUUUUCCUUUAUUUUCGGUUUUCCCGUGUGUCCCACCGUUCUUUUUUUUUCCGAUUGUGAUAAACUUUUCCUAAACGAAACCUAUUUUUAAGUUUUGAACCUAAACGAAUCGAGUAAAACAUGUUGUGCAAGUUCCCAUGUGCUGCGAACUGUAUUUGAAAACAAACUAAGAAGAUUUGUUUGAAAUUUCGCCGUCCAUUGACCGUACUGUAGAACUAUUUCAAGGUGCCUCGUUAGUUUUUCGGUGGUAAGAACAAAGGAGUAAAACCGCUGAAAGUGUUACGGAUAUUUGUGUGUUUUUAUUUGGAAACUCGCGUUAAUCGCGUGGCAGAUGUGAUACGAAAUAUUUACAAACAAACUAGUGUGCAGUUAGCUUGUGUUGUUACAGUGGAACGAAUCACUUGGACGAAUUAAUGGAUAGUCACUCAAGUCGGUCCAAGCAAUAAUUACGAUUAGUUCGUUAGUUAGGCUACUAGGAAAGAACCAACCAGAAUAAAAAUGACAAAUAAAGAUUAUCCUCAAUGCAACGGAUCGCAGCCAUCGGCGAAUCACAAAAAUGGCAUCAACAACGACGCGAUGUCCGUGUCCAGCUACAAGGGUUCGAAGGACAUUCUGAACGUGAAAUUCAACAAACCGCCGGAGAAAUCUAACAAUAGUGUCAGCAGUACUCAACCCGUGUCGUACUUCAAAUUGUUUCGCUUUGCCACAUGGGGAGAAAUAAGUGCCACAAUUCUGGGAGUGAUAUUGGCCUCGAUUGCGUCGUUGGGACUACCCUACGGUGUUAUACUGUACGGUGAAUACACGACGUUGCUGGUGGACCGAACAAUCGGAAUCGGAAAAUCCACCGACACAGCUAUUCUGUCGAUGUUUGGCGGUGGACAAGUGCUGGUGAAUGCCAGCGCGGAAGAAAACCGCUUGGCCAUCCUAGAGGAUGCCAAAGCCUUCGGAUUGGGCGUGUUGUUUGUGUCAUUGUUUCAGUUCCUAGCCGCUGCGCUCAGCGUAGACAUGAUCAACCGGUCGGCGAACCGGCAGAUCAGCAGGGUACGAAAGUUGUUCCUACGGGCGGUCCUCCGGCAGGACAUGACCUGGUAUGAUCUUAACAGUGAUGACAAUUUCGCCGUGCGAAUUACAGAUGAUCUUGAUAAAUUGAAAGAAGGCAUCGGUGAGAAGCUUUCCAUCUUUACGUACUUAGUGAUGUCUUUCACCAUAUCUGUGAUAUUUUCGUUCUUCUACGGAUGGAAGCUGACACUAGUUAUUCUAAGCUGUGCACCAAUUAUUAUCCUAGCCACCGCUAUAGUAGCUAAGAUGCAAAGCACGUUAACGGAAAAGGAGUUGAAGGCUUAUUCUUCCGCGGGAACUGUUGCGGAAGAAGUUCUUGGUAGCAUUCGCACCGUAGUGGCAUUUGGGGGUGAAAUGAAAGAACUGGACCGAUAUCGCAAUCGCCUUAGCUCUGCGGAGAGUAACGGUCGCAAGAAAGGUCUCUUUUCCGGAAUUGGAGGCGGUAUCAUGUGGUUCAUUAUCUACUGCUGUUAUGCGCUAGCUUUCUGGUACGGAAUCAGCCUGAUCCUCGAAGAUCGUGGAAAAGACGUCAAAGAUUACACACCAGCCGUGUUGAUCAUUGUUCUGUUCGGCGUUCUGGCUGGAGCUCAAAAUCUUGGCCUAUCGUCUCCUCAUUUGGAAGCCUUUUCAACAGCAAAGGGUUCGGCCUCUUCAAUUUUCUCGGUUAUCGAUAGGAUACCGAUGAUUGAUUCCAUGGGAGAAAGUGGCCUUAAACCACUUUCUAUCAAUGGAAACAUCACCUUUACGGGUGUGCAGUUCCGAUAUCCCGCAAGAAGUGACGUUCAGGUUUUGCAAGGAUUAAACCUAACGAUCGAGGCAGGAAAGACUGUUGCAUUAGUUGGCCCAUCAGGAUGUGGAAAAUCGACGUGUCUUCAACUGAUCCAGCGGCUGUAUGAUCCCUUGAAUGGUAAUGUUACCAUCGAUGGUAUCAAGAUAAACGAGUUGAACAUCACUUGGCUCCGAUCGUUUAUAGGUGUGGUCGGUCAGGAACCGGUCCUCUUCGCAACCAGUAUCGCGGAGAACAUUCGCUACGGGAAUCCGGAGGCUAGUCAACUAGAAAUAGAAAAAGCAGCUAAAAUUGCCAAUUGCCACAGCUUCAUCACCAAGCUUCCAAAUGGUUAUCAUACCCUUAUUGGUGAACGAGGAGCCCAGCUAUCUGGUGGGCAGAAGCAACGAAUUGCCAUAGCAAGAGCAUUGGUUCGUAAUCCGAAAAUUCUCCUGUUGGACGAAGCAACUUCUGCUUUGGAUCCAAACUCUGAACGGCGUGUUCAGGAUGCUCUCGAAAAGGCCAGCCGAGGCCGCACGACACUGGUGGUGUCGCACCGGCUGUCGACGAUAACCAAUGCGGACAAGAUUGUCUACAUCGAUAAAGGCGUUGUGGCAGAGCAGGGUACUCACGAAGAACUGAUGGCGAAAAAGGGACUGUAUUACAACCUGGUUAUUGCCAGUGGGUCGCAAAGGAAGGAUGAAGAUGAAAUCGACGCUAUUAAGGAGCUUAGUCAGGUGGGGCCCAAGAGUGAGUCUGUGGACGAUGAUGUAUGCUCGGAUGAUGAAUCUGAUUCCAGCAAGUCGGCAGAAGCGAUCGUGGACGACAAGGAAGACGUGUAUCCUGUUUCAGUGUUUAGAUUGGUGAAGUUAAAUUCUCCCGAAUGGCCGUACAUUUUGUUCGGCUGUGGAGCUGCCAUGGUUGUAGGAGCGUCAUUCCCGUUGUUUGCCGUGUUGUUUGGUGAAAUGUAUGGCAUUCUAUCAGUAGCCGAUCCGGAAUACGUUAAGGAAGAAUCAAACUUUUACUCACUGCUUUUCCUGGUACUCGGUUUGGUGACCGGUCUAGGAACAUUCUUCCAAACGUACCUAUUCAAUAUCGCUGGAGUUCGACUGACAUCCCGGCUGCGACAGAAAACUUUCAAGGCAAUCAUCAGCCAGGAGAUGGCGUGGUUCGAUGAGUCUAACAAUGCUGUGGGUGCACUUUGCGCUCGCUUGUCCGGAGAUUGUGCUAGUGUUCAAGGUGCCACGGGCACACGCAUCGGCUCUCUACUACAAGCUGCUUCAACAAUCUGCAUUGGCGUUGGAAUAUCUCUCUACUAUUCAUGGAACCUGACGCUCGUCUCAGUAGUCGCUAUUCCCAUAGUUCUGGGAUCAAUCAUGCUGGAGUCUUGGUAUACGGAGUCCAGUGGUCUGAAGGAGAAACAGUCGCUGGAAAGUGCGAUCAAACUGGCUGUAGAAGCUAUUUCAAACAUCCGAACUGUGGCCAGUUUAGGUCAGGAGCCUUAUGUUUUGGAACGAUACUACAAAGAAAUCGCCAAAGUUGAUGAAGCAUGCAAGAAGAAGACCAGAUUGCGGGGAGUGGUAUUUGCGUUGGGACAAAUAAUGCCAUUUAUGGGUUACGGCCUGGCGUUGUUCUACGGUGGUAAACUAGUUUCCGAAGCUGAACUGGAAUACAAAGAUGUAAUCAAGGUAUCUGAAGCACUGAUUUUUGGAGCAUGGAUGCUGGGACAGGCCUUGGCUUACGCCCCAAACGUUAAUUCGGCGAUGCUGUCCGCUGGACGUCUUAUGAAACUACUUGACCGCACACCAAAAAUGCACAAUCCAUCAAAUUCCUACCACUCGACAAUUGAGAAUCACGAAGGCAAUAUUAAAUACACCAACGUUGAAUUCCGCUAUCCUACACGACCUACGAUCCCUAUUCUACAGGGGCUUAACUUGGAAAUCAAGCAAGGUAACACCGUGGCCUUGGUUGGACCAUCUGGAUGUGGCAAAUCAACUUGCAUUCAGUUGCUCCUACGCUACUAUGACCCAGACAGUGGCAAAGUUGACAUUGACGGCACUACGACAACCGAGUUUCAGCUUGGCCGUAUCCGCUCGCAAAUGGGUCUCGUAUCGCAGGAACCCGUUCUGUUUGACCGAACCAUCGCCGAGAACAUUGCCUACGGAGACAACACCCGUGACAUUGCGAUGCCGGAGAUCAUCGAGGCAGCCAGAAUGGCAAAUAUCCACGAGUUCAUCAUUAAUCUUCCCAAGGGAUAUGACACCAGUUUAGGAACUAAGGGAGCUCAGCUAUCCGGCGGUCAGAAACAGCGCAUCGCUAUCGCUCGUGCUUUGGUAAGAAAUCCACGAAUCCUGCUACUGGAUGAAGCAACAUCGGCUUUGGAUAAUCAAAGCGAGAAAAUUGUGCAGAAUGCUUUGGACCACGCUCGGAAGGGACGCACCUGCAUCAUCAUCGCACAUCGAUUGACAACCAUUCAGAAUGCGGACGUAAUCUGUGUCAUACAGAAUGGAGUUGUCGUCGAAAGCGGCACUCAUGAUGAACUUUUGACUCUGAAUAAGAUCUACGCGAAGCUCUACAGCAUGCAGCAGGUGGCUUAGAAGUGCACUUAACUUGCACGUACGCUCAGUAUUUAUUGUUACUAUACAUUUUUAUCUCGAUUUGACGAUGAAAACAGAAGACUUUACGUGCCGUAACGGAUGUAUGUUUUAAGUACAUUCGCCCAUCUAACGCAUAUCGGUUCUGAGGACGUCUCAGUAAUAGCUGCAAGCAAAGCUGUAUUUUUGCGUUAGAUUUAGAUUAGAUGUGAUAUUUUGAAAACGCCUCUUUAGUACUUAAAACUUGAAAUGUGUACGAUAAGAAAGCUUCUAUAGCCAUAUACCGAACAUCUUGUAAUCCAAAUAAUCAAUAAUUGUACAUAAACAGAUGUUAUGAAACUAAAUCCAAUGUACAUCCAUAACAGCCACUAUAUUCAACGUGCACAUAUAUUCUACACAAAACAUUGAGUAACAUUUUUCCAGUUUUCUCCACUGACUAAAAAAACAAGCUUUCAAGUAUUCAUAACGAGUUACUCAACUAUUUAUAAACGCAGAAUCUUCAAAGUGAUAGCUGUAAGAAUUUCGAAUGCCUAUCCACUCGCUUUUGUUAUAAUCUAUUUGUAGUUAUGAAAUAAACUUUU